AGAAGAUGUAGUCAUAUCCUGACAUGGUGUAACAAAAAGGAGGCGACAGUUGAGACAGAUAACUAAACUGAUAUGAUCCGCCACAAAGCCUGUUUGACUGUGGUUCUACUGUACUGUUUCCAGCCGGGUCAGUGCGGUGAGAAGAAAGAAGACCCAGCAAAAAAGAAAGUAGCUCCGGACGAUCUUAUAACUCUUGCUCCGUACUUGUUACAAGUUUCUAUAGUUCCUGAUGAGGCAGACGAGGCUUCUAUUGGGUCCGCCAAUAACACAGAGAUGUACAUUGCUUGGAAAGAAAAGAUGGAGACGAAAUUGAAACAAACGUUUGAACAAGCCAACAUCGCAACGAAACCAGCAAAAGCGGAGGAACCAGUGGUCAAGAUAGUGAAAACGGAGCUGAUAAAACUGGAAGAAAGUAAAAACGUCAAGAUUCAGUUCUAUGUUACACUGCCACCAGAAGGAAGGGUACUUGGUAGUAAAGCUGAGCGGAUUUACAAGAACCUGGGAACCAGUGAACUGUGGGAUACUAUGGGUCGCGAUGUUUUAGCAUUUCCUACGGCUGUACAAGCAACUGAAUCGGAAGAUAACAGUUCCCGGACUUUAGCUAUCAUUGCAUUUGUAAUGGGAUGGGUUUGUUUAGCAGCUCUGAUAGUUAUUUUAGCGUACCUGGGUAUCAAAUAUAGAGAUGGUAUUAAGUCCCUGGCCAGGAGAAUUGAACACUGGUCCAAUCCGAACAGGAACGGAUAUUCUAACCUCGGAGGUGAUGUUCACACAAACGACUGGAGAACAGAAACAGACACCAGAGGUCCUUACGAGGAGUUAGAGAGAGAAGAAGCUAAACCAAGUCCUAAAAAGAAGCUCAGAGCACCAGGAGGUCUGUUGACAGACGUUGAGGAGGGGGAGGCUGGACACACCCCUGCACCUGCUCCCUCUUAUGGGACGUAUGAAAGCAAUGCUGGCAUCGAGAUGCAAACCAAGAUUGCCCCAAUUGACACCACACAAGUACGACUCUCAGAAUUGGCGCAGUCAGGUGAAGUGACUCCACCUCUAACUCCCACCUCCAUGCAGAAACACCUUAUAAAGAAGUACCAGGAGAAACAGGUUGAAGAAGCUACCCGAGGAUCAGGCGAUGAACCGCUGACAGCGACAAACUCUGAAAUAUUCCCUGACGACUUUGCCGACUGCGUGGAAGAAGAGGAAAUUUUCCAAAUUAAUCCGUAAUAUAUUAUUUGAUAAAUGAAUUUACCAUUAAAUGAAACAUCAUUGAAUCAAUUCAAUUUGUCCUACAUAUUGCGUGAUGAAUAAUUACAUUAGUAUUUUAUUAUGGUCGCUAAAGUAAUUACAUCUGGUGGUGAUAAUAAACCUUGUUCGUAUCAAUCCAAAGUUAACUAAAGUUGAAUUAGAGACAGAAAAGUUGGGAUUUAUUGGCAGAAUUUUCAUAAAUUAAAUUAAUUGACCGAUUGAGUUGAUAAGGGAGUUAAAGUUGUCCGACGCGAAUCUACUGCCGAGCAACGAUCAAUUUAUUUUUGUGUUUUACUUUAAAUAUAAAUUGUAUGCAAAAUUUAGAUUCUUUGAUUUCAUUUGUGUAUAAUUCAAGGUGUUUAUGUUAAUUUAUCAAUUGUAAUUGUGACUGAAAUUUUAAUGACGUUUUAAAGAUUACAAUCUUGUAUCAGUUUUUAAAGUCACUAAAAUAUGUCGAAUUUGCAUUUAUCACUUAAGUAAACAUUUUCAGUUACU